UCUAGGAAAAUAGUUUUCCUCAGCUAUCAAAAGUGAGAAGCACUGUCAAGAGUAUAGUGAGUUAUGACAAAAAAAUCACUCCUAUGUGUAGAAUCAGUGAGCUGCCCAGAGGGACAGAAUUCAUUUUAGAAGGUUCAUACUCAACAAGGAAGUUAGAAAGCAUGGGAUUUUUCCACCACUCCAGCCAGAACUGAAAGCGAAUGGGGAUUGAAUUGCUUUGCGUCUUUUUCCUGUUUCUGCAAAGAAAUAAGAAUGUACAAGGAAAUUGUGAUCCAGGGAGUGCAGUGAACUGUGAAGAAUGUUUGCUUGCUGGACCACACUGUGGCUGGUGUUUUCAAGAGAAUUUUACUGACCCAUCUAAAAUUCAUAUAAGGUGUGAUACUCCUGAAAAGCUGAUUUCCAAAGGAUGCCAGAUGGAUUUAAUUGAAUUUCCCAUUUCUAAAGUUGUAAUCCAUAAAAACAAGCUCUUCAGUGAAGGGGCACAGAAAAGCAAGUUAGAGGUUACACAGAUUUCUCCUCAAAAGCUAACUGUUGCACUGCGGCCAGGAAAUGAAGAAACAAUACAGAUCAAUGUUCGUCAGACUGAAGAUUAUCCAGUUGACCUCUACUACCUCAUGGAUCUUUCAGCUUCCAUGAUUGACGAUCUGCGUACUAUAAAGGAAUUGGGUUCUACCCUGUCAAAAGAAAUGUCUAAACUUACAAGUAACUUUCAGCUGGGUUUUGGAUCUUUUGUUGAAAAACCAGUUUCACCAUUCAUCCAUACUAUGACAGAAGCAAUAAAGAAUCCUUGCCGAAGUGUCUUAUAUGAUUGCUCACCAACAUUUGGAUACAAACAUAUUCUGUCAUUGACAAAUGAUGCUGAAAGAUUCAAUGAAAUUGUGAAAAAACAGAAAAUUAGUGGUAACAUAGAUAAUCCAGAAGGAGGAUUUGAUGCAAUUAUGCAGGCAGCUGUUUGUAAGGAAAAAAUUGGUUGGAGGAAUGAUUCCCUGCAUUUGCUGGUGUUUGUGAGUGAUGAUGAAUCCCAUUUUGGAAUGGAUAGUAAACUAGCCGGAAUUGUUAUUCCAAAUGAUGGAGAAUGCCAUUUGGAUGAUAAUAAUGAAUACGCCAUGUCAACUGUUUUGGAAUAUCCAACUUUAGGACAAUUAAUAGACAAGAUUGUACAAAACAAUAUUUUAUUAAUUUUUGCAGUCACAGAAAAACAGUUUCAUUUGUAUGAGAAAUAUGCUGACCUUAUUCCUGGAGCUACUGUUGGGCGUCUUCAGAAGGAUUCUGGAAAUAUCCUCCAGUUGAUUAUUGAUGCAUAUAAGGUGCUCCGAUCCGAAAUUGAGCUGGAGGUGUUUGGAGACACAGAUGGACUGAACCUUGCUUUUACUGCCAUCUGUAACAACGGCAUUGCCUUUCAAAACCAGAAGAAAUGCUCUCAAAUUAAAGUGGGAGAAAUGGUCACUUUCAACGUGACGUUAAGCCUAUCUACUUGUGAGAAAAGUGGAAGGAAUGUCCUAAUAAAGCCUGUGGGGCUGAAUGAAGCUCUGGAAAUUGAUAUCCAGGCAGUAUGUAGCUGCAAUUGUCAGAGGGAGACGGAGGUGGCCAGCUCCAAGUGCAACAAUGGGAACGGUUCUUUCGAGUGUGGCGUGUGCACUUGCAACCCUGGCUACAUGGGUCCUCAUUGUGAAUGUGAUGAAAAGGACUCACUGAGUGCAGAUUCCUGUAAAAGUUACCCAGAGUUACCUUCUUGUAGUGGAAGAGGUGACUGUUAUUGUGGACAGUGUAUUUGCCACUUAUCAGCUUAUGGAAAUAUUUAUGGGCCAAACUGUGAAUGUGACAAUUUCUCUUGUGUGAGAUUUAGAGGACUGCUAUGUGGAGGCAAUGGAGACUGUGACUGCAGUCAGUGCAUUUGCCACAAUGGCUGGAUGGGUGAAUACUGUAACUGCAGCACUGAGACUGACAGUUGCAUUUCUGAAGACGGCACGAUCUGCAGUGGACGAGGCGAAUGCAUUUGUGGGAAAUGCGUGUGUGCAAAUCCUGGCAUUUCCGGUAGCAAUUGUGAAAAAUCCCUUACCUAUAGUGAUCCUUGCAGUUCUAAACGGAGCUGUGUGGAAUGUUAUUUAGCUUCUAAAGAUCAGUCACAGGAAGACUGCGUUGAAAACUGUAAACUGGUUGGUGCGACUGUCAGUAGUGAAGAAGAUAUCAUGGAAGAUAAAUUUGUGCCUUGUUUGUUACGAGGGGAAAAUGAAUGUGUUAUCACAUUUCUCAUGGCAACCGAUGAACAGGGGAAAACAACCCUUCACAGUGUAAAGCAGAAAGACUGUCCACAACCUCCAAAAAUUACAAUGAUAGUAAUGGGUGUUUCUAUUGCAAUCGCCCUCACUGGAGUUAUCUUGCUUUGUAUGUGGAAAUUGCUGAUUUCAUUUCAUGACCGGAAAGAAGUUGCGAAAUUCGAGGCAGAGCGAUCAAAGGCCAAGUGGCAAACGGGAACGAACCCACUGUACAGAGGCUCAACAACAACAUUCAAAAAUGUAACAUACAGGCAAAAAGAAAGGCCACCAGGAUCUGCUGCAGAUAUUUAUUAGUACUCCAAAUGUUUACUAUAUUUGUUCUAAAUUUAUUCUUUAAAAUGAUGUUCGUUAACAUACUGUAGUGCAAAAUUGGAGGACCUCUUUCAGUCUGAUGCCAAAUUCAGUUCCAGAGAAGCUUUUGGGGGCUGCUUUCCAGUGGUGGGUGGGGCAAAAUGGGUGGACCCCCAAAUACUACCAUAUUGUAGCUUAAAACUCUUAGAGGCAAUCCUUUGGCCCCCUAGAUAGCAUCUGGGGGGAGCCAUAGGAUUUUUCAGAUUCCUGGAUCCAAGGCCGGAGACAGCACUCCAAUUCAGAAGCAGGAGUAGGUCCGACUUAUUUUUAAAGAUGGAAGUUGCCACUAUCUACUGCAGUGUGAAGGAGAAGCAGCGUGAUCAAAACAGCCCACUUAAUGGGCCACAUGCACAUUGUUUACUUCCUCUUUCAAAAGAGGAAGUAAUGAGGGACAAAUGCACAGGCAGAAAAGCGACGGUAAGCAAACACGAUUUCCCCCAUGUGAUGACGCUCUUAGAGGAUGUCAAGUAAUAACAGUGGAAAAUAUCAUCUGAAUAUGUAAACUGUACACUGUAAGGCUAGCAGCAGCACCCAGAAGGGUCAGGAAGCCCCCCUGGGAAGGGAAGAGGCAUGUAGGGAAAUUAGAAUAAGCAUGGGACGCCUCUUCCCCAAGGCCACAGUAACUUCCAGGUCAGAGGUGGGGCAUGGGGAGAGAGACGGGCCUUGGGAGUACAGUUGGGUGGGGGUAUGGAGGGAACCCAAGGCUCUGCCCACAGACUGGAGGUUCCCCACACCUGCUUUAACAAUUAAAAGAAAAAUGGGUAGUUUUUUUCAGCUAGGUGUGUGUGUGUGUGUGUGUGUGUGUGUGUGUGUGUGAGAGAGAGAGAGAGAGAGAGAGAGAGAGAGAGAGAGAGAGUUUUACCAUAAAGGGGUAUUUUGGUGAGGGGGGGUUCUCCAAAGCAAGCUGUCACUAUAAAUACUAUGACUGUAUUGCAUAUUUGACAGAGACGCUGGAAAUGUCUUAGUUAUUUUUAUUGAAAUAGUUUUGACUCAAGGCUGGACCUUAAAUAAAGGUCAAAACAUCACUAAACAUUAUUACUCACUGGAGUCCCUUGGGCAUUUUGUUGGGUGUUAUUUUUUACUAUGGGUAAAUAUAUGUGUGAAUGCAUGCUUUAAAUAAA